AUGAAAGUCUUCACUGUUUUAUCUGGUCUGCUGUCUCAAGUCAACCCACUGAUAUGCGUGUAUGCCAUUGCUGUAUACACAUUCACUCUGGUUAUAUAUAGACUAUAUUUCAGUCCUUUGGCUAAAUUUCCUGGUCCAAAGUUGACAGCUGCGACUGAAUGGUAUGAAAUCUACUAUCAGCUUGUGAAAGGUGGACAGUUCUUUCGAAAACUUCCUGAAUGGCAUGAAAAAUAUGGCCCAAUUGUUCGCAUCAAUCCUACGGAGCUCCAUAUCAGUGAUCCUGAGUUCUAUGACACAAUAUAUACUACCGAUAGACGCGACAAGCUGCCUCUUCAUUCCUCUCUUCCUACCGUCCCGUUAUCUGGUCAAUCUACCCUAGAUCACUUCCUUCAUCGAAAACGACGUGCCGCGCUCAAUCCUUUUUUCUCUAAACCUAACAUUCAAAAAUUUGUUCCAUUCAUCCAAUCACGUGUCGACACUUUGGUUAAUCGUAUUAAUACCGAAUACAAAGGAACCGAUAAGAUUCUUGAUCUUGGAGAUGUUUUCUCUUGUUAUACGACAGAUGUGGUGAUGGAAUGUAGUUUUGGUACUAACUAUAAUUUUUGCGAAAAAGGAGAGUUUACCUCGGAUUUUAUGGUGGCUGUCGCCGGUAUGUUAUCUAUAGUGCACUGGACAGAGCAUUUUCCAAGUAUAGCAUGGUUGAUGAACAUGGUGCUUGCUUUACCAUACAGCGUGCUGAAGAAGGUUGUGCCGCAAAAAUCAAUGCCUGUUUUGGAGUGGCUCGAGGACCUUAGACAUGAAUUGAGAGCAGUGAUGUAUGGAACCAAGGAGAAGAACGAUGCCUCACGGCCAAACAUAUUUCACGAGAUCAUAGAAUCUAAUCUUCCUCUUGAAGAGAAAACAGAGCAGAGGCUUCAUCAAGAGGCACAAGUAGUGGUCGGUGCGGGUGUUGAAACGACAAAGUGGACGCUAGCAGUCGCAAUGUUCCAUCUCCUUGACAAACCGGACCUUCUCACCAAACUACAAGCUGAAAUACUUGAAGUCUUUCCAGAUCCCUCCUCUCCACCUUCACUAACAACCCUUGAAAAACUGCCCUAUUUAAUUGCAGUCUGUCAAGAAGCAAUUCGUCUUUCCAUGGGACCAGUUCAACACCUUCCACGGCUAGCACACAAACCUCUCCCAUAUACAGAUCCAGCGACAGGACAUACUUACACAAUUCCCGCUGGCACUCCACUAUCCUGUGCUACACCAAUCAUCCAUUACAACGAAGCACUCUUCCCAUCCUCUCAUUCUUUCAUCCCCGAAAGAUGGCUCCCAGAUCCCAUCACUGGUCUACCGCCUAAAGUCACAAUACCUUCAGGAGAAGAAAAACCACUCACAAAAUAUCUUGUCAGUUUCUCGAAAGGGAGUAGACAAUGCUUAGGAAUGAAUCUAGCUUAUGCGGAGUUAUAUAUUGCACUUGCGAGUUUUGUCCGAAGAUGCGAGUUUGAGUUGUGGGAAACGAAUCAGGAAGCGGUGGAGAUUUGGUCGGAAUAUCUCAUUAAUGUUCCUAAACCGGGGACUGGAAUUAGAGUGAAAGUUCUUUGA